GCUCGCCUACAUUUGAGCACAUUAAGCAAACAUUGCGAUAAUUCUAUUCUUAAAUUCAGAGAGCGAGACGAAUUAUGCUGUCGCACAGCAAAAUAUUUGGAUUGCUGAUCGGCUGCUUAACAUUGCAUCUGCUACCCACGCAUACAUCUGGACAAUUCUGGAAGGUCGAUCGGAGCGACUAUCAAAUUUGGAGAAGUGAGUUGCUGAUGAAUCGUAACUCGGGCAUUUGCUAUAAAACCCAAUUAGUUUCUACUUUGGAUCCGCAGCUGAGUGAACGUCAGAUCUCCUACUGCUGUGAUGGCUACGUGAAUCGUGGCAGUUCCAAAAUUCUCAAAUGUGAGCCCAUUUGCGAGGAGGAUUGCACUAAUGGUGUUUGCCUCUCGCCUGGCUACUGUGAAUGUGGCCCUGGAUAUUAUAAAGAACAGGCACAUUGCAAGUUGGCAAGAUGAGGUCGACAAGUCUGUGGAAAUCAAAAUUCUUGAUUUCUAUCAUGUUAGCUUUUAUUAAAAAACAUUGGUCUUCAUUUCCCAAAACAUACAUUUUUAGUUUAAAAGUAAAUUAAUCUGUAUGAGCUUUAUUCUAAAUAUUAAAUAAUAUAUUGUUAUAUUAUUAAAUGUUAUGGUUUAA